AGAUGUAUGUAGGAAUGAAUGUACUGUACUAUGAAGGGAUAUUUGUACGGAUGCACGGUUGUCGUCCCAGCUGCUGUGUAACAUGGACUGGCUGUAAAUCAAUUCGUUCUCUCUUCUCCUCCUCCCCCCAUGUGGGCACGUAUCUUCCUCCCUUCCCUAACAUCCACCAUGCACCAGACUCCCAACUACUUUGUUUUUUUUAUCUUUACAAUUAUCGGAGUUUACCAGAAGGAAAAUGGGUAUUUGUUUGGUGUGGAUGAGUUCCGACGAAACUUCACCCUUGAAAGGGGAAAAAAAACCUUGUUAGAUCCUCCUUAAGGUUUUCGCUGCUCUCCUUCCCAUCCCCCACA